AUGACUUCAUGUCAAGGUGGACAGAUGACAAUGGGCUUUUGCGAUUAUCUUUAUGGAUUAAGUGAAUUCCGAAUUGCAGCGACCAACAACACACGUGCAAACCCUAACCCUCAGUGCAUCAAUAGGAACGUUGUCAAAGCUGUUUUAUUCAAGUGGCCUUUUCAACAAACACCCUCACUUGUCCAUGUUGGAUUAUCGAUGAUUGACACACAAAGCCAUGAUCGUAAUGUCCGAAUACAAGUGUCGGCAGAAUCGAUUACUCCAUAUGGGUUCAAUCUCCGUUUUCGAUCCUGGGGCGAUUCGUUGACACAAAAUGCAGCUGUCAGCUGGUUCGUCUGUCCAUAA